GUGUCAAACCUGUUUGUGUGUUCGGUUUGUUUAUCAACAACUUUAUAUUGUAAACAAUAUUCAAAAAAGUGAAGAAAUCAAACUCUUUUCGUUUUAAAUUAUGGUUGAAGAGACGGCUCCGGUAGCUAAAUCCAAGACGAAAGCAACACGCCCGAAACCAGUUUAUAUGUGGACAGUUGCCGACACCCAGAAAUGGCUCAGAAGACAUUGCAGUGAACGAUGUGGAAAAUAUAGCGAAAUUUUUCAAAAGCAUGAAAUAACCGGCCGUGCCCUGUUACGAUUGACGGACAAUUCACUGUACCGAAUGGGGAUAGAUGACGACAAAGAUCGGGAGGAUAUUUUGCGUGAGAUGAUAAAACAGCGACUCAAGACGGAUAUCAUGGAAAUUCGUGACAUGGAACUCAUGAAUAAUGUUUACGAGAAUUUAUAUUAGAAAUAUAGGGCUCGUUUUAAUCAUAACAGUUCUUUUUUUACAAAGGUGCUUCAAUAAAUGCUAUUUCUCUGUCUGCUCUUCAA